UUCGUGUGCAUUUGCAAUUGUGAAAAUGCAUUGCUGAAAUAACUGAAAUUGUCCUUGGCCCAAGUUAUUCUAACUAAUUGCUAAAAUCUCAACUAAUUUGUGCUGCAAUUUAUUUUUACAUUCUGACAGCAAUCUGUGCCUACCUUCUGGCUCAUCUGCGAUUCACUGACAGAUGUUGUAUUUAUCUUAGAUAUAAUAGUUCAAUUACGUACUGGCUAUCUGGAGCAGGGCCUAAUGGUAUAUGAUGACAGGAAGCUGGCCUGCCACUAUGUGCACUCGCGUGAGUUCAUCUUCGAUAUGAUUGCGCUGAUACCCCUGGAUCUGCUACAGUUGAAGAUGGGCACGCAUCCGCUACUGCGUUUUACGCGCUUUUUUAAAGUAUAUCGAUCUGUGAGAUUUUAUUACAUCGUAGAGAGUAGAACAGUUUGGCCAAAUUUAUGGCGCGUUGUUAAUCUAAUUCAUAUCCUAUUAAUAUUGGCCCAUUGGUUCGGUUGUUUCUAUUUUUUGCUCUCCGAGGCGGAAGGCUUUCAGGGCGAUUGGGUCUAUCCGUAUAGGCCCGGUGACUAUGCGACGCUGACCCGAAAGUAUUUGGGCAGCCUGUAUUGGUCCACCCUAACGCUAACUACCAUCGGUGAUUUGCCCACCCCUGAGACGAAUGCAGAACCGAACUUUUCGGUGGACGGCCCUCGUUCAAUACCAAGGCGUGGCAUCAAAUCACGACUGCUACAGUUUGGCUCUAGCUAUGGGUAUAUUUUUACGAUCGUUAGUUACCUGAUUGGCGUUUUUAUCUUUGCAACUAUUGUGGGCCAAGUGGGUAAUGUGAUAACGAAUCGUAAUGCCAAUCGGCUAGAGUUCGAGCGUUUACUUGAUGGGGCCAAGACCUAUAUGAGGCAUCAUAAGGUGCCGGGCGGAAUGAAGCGGAGAGUGCUGCGGUGGUAUGACUAUAGCUGGUCGCGGGGUCGCAUACAGGGUGGGGGUGAUAUAAAUACGGCGUUGGGCCUGCUGCCCGAUAAGCUGAAAACCGAAUUGGCCUUACACGUCAACCUGAGCGUACUGAAGAAGGUGACCAUAUUCCAAGAGUGCCAGCCGGAGUUUCUGCACGAUCUGGUGCUGAAGAUGAAGGCGUACAUCUUUACGCCGGGUGAUUCGAUCUGUCGCAAGGGCGAGGUGGCUCGCGAGAUGUUCAUCAUAGCCGAUGGCAUCUUGGAGGUGCUCAGUGAAACGGGCAAGGUGCUGACCACCAUGAAGGCGGGCGAUUUCUUCGGUGAGAUCGGCAUACUCAAUCUGGAUGGGCUGAACAAGCGCACAGCGGAUGUCCGCUCAGUGGGCUACUCGGAGCUGUUCUCGCUAUCGCGCGAGGACGUGCUCGCCGCCAUGAAGGACUAUCCGGAUGCACAGGAGAUCCUGCAGACGCUCGGACGCAAACGCCUCAUGGAGGUGCGCUGCGUGAACAAGAAAUAUGCGAAGGCGCAAAGCGACAAGGAGGCCGCUGCCUACGCCGCGGCCCAUCCGCAUCACCCGCAUCCGCACGCGCACCAUCAUCAGGUGCAUCAGAGCGACAGCAGCGAGAACAGUGCCUCGAAGAAGAUCGUGGACAAGCUGAAGCACGAUGUCAAAGGCUUUCGCAAUGUGCUGAAAAAGUCCCGAACGUCCCGUAAGAGCGACGAGUCGCUGGAAAUGCAACCGCUGCACAAUACCUCACCACGCGGCAGUAAGAUCAUGCUGAAGCGCAUGUCGCGCGUUCGCUCCGACGACAAGGACGCGGACAGCGCCGAGGCCAAGGACGAGCUGCACGACAAGACGCCCAGUCCCAUUGGGGCGGGGCUGCCGCUGCUGCAGCGGCUGCGCCUGCUCAAAGAGAAGCAGGAUCGCGAAGAGCGAGCUGUUAAGUCCACACCACCACAGAAAUCUCCACCUCACUCACAUGUAACGUGUACGUUAUCGCCGCAGGAAUCGAUACAGGAAGAGCCCGAACGCGAGUUCAACGAAGGCUUUCCGCUGAUCCAGCGAUUGCAGCAGUUGAAAAUUAAAAAUGAGCCACAAUCGGGUGCUGGCAGCGAGACCCAACUCGUCAUGGUAAACACGCCGCCCAACAUCAGCAGCAAGGUGGACUUUGCGGCGGCAACGGGUGUGGGCGGUGCUGGUGGGGCAGCGAGUGGUGCUGCGGGUGCUAGCCAAAGUCUGACCGUUGCCCAAAUCAAGCCCAUCAUGAAAGUCUCCUUCAAGCAGAAGAUACAACAGCUGCAGGGCGUGGUGCCGGCCAUACCAAGUGGUGCCGGCCACAGCAGCACCACAAGCACGUCCGGGACCACCAGCACCACCGGUGCCAUAGCCAAAAAGGAACCACCCAAAUCGCUGGCCGUGGUGGCCAAGCAUGGCGGCCCAGCGUUGCCAGCGUUGCCAGCCUUGCCAGCGUUGCCAGGGCUGCCAAUGGAGCCAACUAUUGUGGGCGGUGCAGUUGGGCAGAGCUUGGCCGCCACCGGCAGCCUGUCGAAGAAGCCGCUGAGGCCGUUCACACCACAGCAAUCGGACACGGACACCGACGGCACGCCCAUCAAGCCCUGGUCCAAGCUGAAGCUGGCCACGCUCAUCUCGUCGAGCUACACGAGCUUAAACAACUGCUCACCGGACGAUCUGGCAACGCCGCUGAAGAACUACUCGCUGAGCAAUAUACCACAGCAAAUGGAGAGCACCGCCAACGCUCGACCACGCCACCACAGUGCCCGCAGCUCCCGCCACAGCCACGGCCAUGGCCAUGGCCAUGGACACGGGCAUGGGCAUGGGCGUGGCCAUGGCUCUACCUCGAGCACCUGCUCCUCGAGCACGCGCAGCACGCUGACCACGGCGCGCGAUUGCCUGCGCCUGCAGAAGCCGGAGCAGAAGCUGCCCGAGGGCGAGGCCACCACGGGCGGCCGUAAACUAUAUCAGAGCGUGUUCGAUCUGUCGCCGGAGUAUUGUGGACUGCCGUUCGUGAAGCGUCUGAAGAUAUUGAAUGAGCGCCAGAAGCUGGCCGAGCUGGAGAAGGCGCUGCAGACGCGCAGCUUCAGCCUGGACUGCUCCAAGUCGAGCAGCGGCAACAACAACGAGGCGCCCAUUGCGGAGUCACUGUACCGCUGCUAUAGCGACACCUCCGGCAUCUACUCACAGUUUCUGAGCACCUACGAGUCGGCCACCACCACCAGCAGCUCCACGUCCACAUCCAUUUCGACCAACACAUCCACAUCGGACGGCAACUCGAAGCAGCAGCUGAAGCAGCUGGACUACAUGCCCCUUAGCCCCGAGUCCAACGAGACGGUGGAGCGGCGCAAGCUGAAGAGUAUACUGAAGAAGAUGCAGCAGGGUGCUGCUGCUGACGAUGCUAGUGGUGGUGGUGGUGUCGGUGGUACUGCCGAUGGUGAUGCCCAAGACGAGGCGAAUGCCAAGACCAAGACCAAGGCCAAGGCCAAGGCCAAGACCAGUGCACUGUCGAGGGGGCUGUUAAUGGAGCCGACCUUGGAAGGCCCGCCCUCCAGUGCCACAGAGGAGGGGCACUUCGCGGCCCUCGGUGGUGGUGGUGCUGCUGCUGUUGCGGCUGCUGUUUGCCUCAACAACAACAACAACAGCAGCAAAAGCAACAGCACGCAAUACGGUUCCGGUUCGAGUACGGGUAUAAGCACGGGCACGGGUACGGGUACGGGCACGGUUACGGGUACGGUCAUCGGUUCGGGCAACGGCAAUGACAGUGUGGCAACGUCACGAACAAUGCUGCCAGAUCAGGCUGUCUGGUCGCCGACGUUGGCAUUGGUAACGCCAACGAAUUCGCCGCAAGAGUAUUUCGCCGCAUUUGAGCCGCAGCUGAUGGGCGGCAACGGCGUCAUCGCUGGCGUUGGCAACGGCUCAACGUCUAUCGCAUCCGCAUCGGCAUCCGCAUCCACAUCCGCAUCGGCAACCGCAUCCGCAUCGUAUGUGGUCGAAUGCUCGUCGAAUACCGAAUUUCAUGCCCAAUCCACAACAUCCACAGAUUUGAAUUUGAAUUUGCAGCUCCGGCAGAACACGACCAAUGCGAGCAGCCAGGCGGGUCAGCUGCCCAAACUGGAAGGCUUUCCAGAGGCGCAGGACUACUUCAAUCAGAUACUGAGCGGCAUCAAUCACGUGAUCAAGACGCACAUGAACGAAAUGCACUCGAAGUUCGAGUCGCAGUUCUCGAAUAUGGCCGGCGAGGUGAGACGGCGCGAUGCCAUCAUUGCCCAGCUGCAGCUGAAGCUGCGCUCCAUCGAACAGAAACCGGCGAUGCCAUCGACGACGCGCCGCAUCAAGCGGGAGAAGCUGCCCCAGCUAUCCGUCGACGACGACGAGCCGGCCGAGCAGGAUAACAGCAGUUCGGGCUCCUCGGCCGAGUUGCUCUUCAUGCGCGGCGACUCGUUGGACACUGUGUUCACCUCCUCGCCACCCAUCCAGGGCCGGCGCAGCAUAUCGCCCGGCCCCAGCCGGUAUCAUGCGGCCUCGGCGAAUGCGCUCAACUGCCCGAGCAGCUACUACAGCGGGCCGGGCACCUUGGCAACGCGACACGCGCAGAGCCACCCCAGCUUCUAUGCGCCGCACAGCAGCCGGGGCGGGGCCGCUCUGCCCGGCUAUCGGGACUGGCAUGAGCAGGGCCUGGGGAUGGGCAGCAGCAUGGGCGGCGGCCUGACGGCCGAUAGCAGCAGCAGCAGCAGCAACGCGGCGGCCAUGAUGAUCUCCGACGUGACGGGCAAUCUGACCCGGCUCUCGGACAGCGUCAUUCUCGAUAUCGGCGAGAGCUCCAGUUCGAGUUCAUCGUCCAGCAAGGUGAACGUCGAUGUGGACGACGACGACGAGGACGACGACGAGGCCGAGGACGAGCUGAGUGGCGCGGCACUCGUGGCGGCCACAGGCAGCAGCAACAACGACUGGGAGGUGCAAAUGCUGGCCGCCGAAAUGGAGAGGCAGGAGCGCAAGCGGGGCCACUCGCUGUCCGACAACCUGGGCGAGCUGCGGCACUGCAGCACGUUCCUGCGCAGACGCCGCAAGUUCAGCGACACCGAAACCGAGUGCAGCGAAACGGACGCCGAUGAGCGUCUGGCAGCCGGCAUCGGAGCCAGCGCAAGUGGCAGCGCCGGCGGCCAGGCGAGCGCAACUGUUGAGGCGGACGCCACAGCCAGUGGCAGCAAUCGACCGCGCGCCUCCAGCCUGGAUCAGUUCAACCUGCGCUAUGGCAUCGGGCGUGGCAUCUUUAAAGCAAUGAGCAUCGAUCGGGACAAAGACAAGCUUUGAGAACUAUAAUCACAGGAGGACCACGCGAGCACGGACAGACACGACUAACCAUCGGACAGUAUUACGGAAGGUACAACACAUACAGGACACUACACCUGGGUACAUUAUAUGAUUAGCCCUAAAA